AAACUGUCUCUCACUUGCAGCAAUGGCUCCAGACCACCGUUUCCUCCUUACCAAAAUCUCUCUCCUUCUCCUGCUCUCCUCCACCACCAUCACCACCCUUACCUCCUCUCUCUCUCCACCAUCCACCACCACCACUACCACUACAACAAACACAUCCAUUUCCCCUACCAAACCACCCUCAGCCCCUACUCCAACCACCUCCCCAAAACCAACCAAACCACCUUCAGCCCCCACCCCAACCACCUCCACAAAACCAACCAAACCACCCUCAACCCCCACUCCUACCACCUCCCCAAAACCCACCCCAGAACCGUCUCCAGCUCCAUUAACCUCCCCAACCCCCACCACACCAUCCUCUCCCUCUUCCACUUCCACCUCCACUCUUGAUCCAAAACAACUCAGAGCCCUCCAAUCCCUCAACGUUCCCACCUCUAAAGACCCCUGCGCUCCACCCACACCCCUCCACAACGCCACCACCUGUGACUCCUCCAAACCCUUCCGCCACCUCGUCUCUCUCCGCCUCUCAAAGUGCUCCGACGACGUCGCAUUGUCCAUCACUGCCCUCAAAUCUCUCUCCUCUCUCAAUGAUUUGAAGUUCAUCAACUGCCCCAUCUCCCCUAUUCGCUUCCCUCCUGAACUCACCUCCAAUUUACGAUCUUUCACUUGCACCAACAGCCUCAAAAGACUCACCGGCGUUUGGCUCAGUCGAUUGCAAAAUCUAACUGACUUGACCGUCUCUGGUGUGACAGUAAAUGCCAGUGGUCCUUCGAUCAUCCUUGGUGGUAUGAAAAACUUGCACUCUUUGUCAAUUUCUCACACAAAUCUCUCUGGGUAUCUCCCAAAACACUGGCAUAUUAACCUUACUCACAUUGAUUUGUCUGGCAAUAACCUCAAAGGAAGAAUACCCAAUUCUUUAACUCUCCUAGAAAACCUUGAGUACUUGAAUCUUUCAUCAAAUUCACUUAAUGGGGAAAUACCCAGUUCGUUUGGGGACUUGAUGUCUCUCCAAAAUGUGUCAUUAGCUUCAAAUUCUUUGUCUGGAUCAAUCCCUGAUUCAAUAGCAGCAAUGCCAGGGUUGGUACAUCUUGAUCUGGGUUCUAAUCAGCUGAAUGGUACAAUUCCAAGGUUCCUUUCGGAGAUGAAGCAAUUGAAGUACUUGAAUCUGGAGAAGAACAAUUUUCAGGGGAUUUUGCCAUUCAAUGGGUCAUUUUUUAAGAGAUUAAUGGUGCUCAAAGUGGGUGAAAAUAGCAAUCUUUGUUACAACCAUUCAACUAUUUCUUCUAAAUUGAAGCUUGGGAUUGCUCCUUGUGAUAAACAUGGACUGCCUAUGUCGCCGCCUCCGGCAAAGGACUCAUCGGACGGCAGUGAUAGUUCCGACGAUGAUUACAAUGUGGCCGAUGAUACUAAUAAGAAGAAUCAACAUCAUCAUGGACCAAGUAAGAUUGUUCUUGGUGUGGCAAUUGGGCUUUCAUCAAUUGUCUUUCUCAUAAUUUUCUUAGUCCUGCUUUCUAAGUGUUGUAAAUGAAAACAUGACUGUUGGUUCAUUCAGCUUAGGAAAGUAAUGGUAAUUAUUAUUCAAUUUAUUAUAGAUUUAAUUAUGAAAGUGAGUGAGACUAUAGUAAUUGGGGUGAUUCUUUUUUGUUACUUUCUGAUCUUUUGCUGGAGGAGAAAGCUAUGUUUUCCACUCUGUUUUGGGUGUGGUUACUGUGGGGUUGUAUAAGUAGCUAUAGAAAGGAAAGGGAUGAUGUGUAAUCAUGAUAUAGUACUAUAUGUAUUUCCCUUGAGAUGCAAGGUCUUGCUUUUUCACUCUUUUCAUAAUUUCA